GAUUUCCUCGCGCACCAUCAGCACCAAAACUCUCUCCAUCAUCUUCUCCUCUCUCUCCACGCAGCGCGAGGGCGCACACACACAUCGCAGUUUUUAUUGUUAUUAUUGUUAUUUCCCUCCUCCUCGGUGGGAGGUGCACGCGCCAUGUGCAUCCCACAGUGAACCGUCGCGCUCUCCGCUGACUCGAGUAUGGUCACAGCCCCCGCGGUGCCAAGCUGGAGCCGCCGCGCGUCUCUCGGAUCGGUGCGCUCCUGCAGGGGCUGGGAUGCGCACCGGGAACCUCCCGCUUCCUGCCGAGCUUCGGCUCUGAGCCGCACGAGUCCGGCAGCGGCGCCGGGGGCCCCGGGGGCCGCCGCGCGCGCAGGAGCCAGUCCACGCGGAGCAGGAUGCCGGUGAUGAGGGGGCUGCUGGCCCCGCAGAACACCUUCCUGGACACCAUCGCCACGCGCUUCGAUGGAACCCACAGUAACUUUGUCCUGGGAAACGCUCAGGUGCAGUCGCUCUAUCCCAUCGUCUACUGCUCUGACGGCUUCUGCGAGCUCACGGGCUACGCCCGCGCCGAGCUCAUGCAGAAGAGCUGCGCGUGUCACUUCCUGUACGGCCCAGAGACCAGCGACCCUCUGACGGCGCAGAUCCAGGGAGCCUUAGACGAGAGGGGGGAGUUCAAGACGGAGCUGGUCUUCUACAAGAAGGAAGGAACUCAGUUCUGGUGUCUUCUGGACAUCGUACCCAUUAAGAAUGAGAAGGGUGAAGUGGUUCUGUUCCUUGUGUCCCAUAAAGACAUCACAGACAAGAAGAAGGACCAGGAUCCUGAGCAGGGACCUGAGACUGACGAGGAGACGGGUCUGCAGGUUCACAAGGUCACACGGCCCCAGGGCUUCAACAGCAACCGGCGCCGCAGCCGAGCCGUCCUCUAUCACCUGUCAGGACACCUGCAGAAACAAGACAAGAGCAAACUCAAGAUCAACAACAACAUGUUCGGGGACAAGCCUCCGAUCCCAGAGUACAAAGUAGCCGCCAUUCAGAAGUCUCGCUUCAUCCUCCUGCACUACGGCACCUUCAAAGCCGGCUGGGACUGGCUGAUCCUGCUCGCCACCUUCUAUGUCGCCGUCACCGUGCCGUACAACGUGUGCUUCACGGUGGUGGGGGGGCGGGACGAGGGCGGGGCCAGCAGCAGCAGCAGCAACAACAGCAGCAGCAGCGCCCCCCGCAGCCCGCCCAGCGUCAGCGACAUCCUCGUGGAGAUCCUGUUUAUUUUAGACAUUGUGCUGAACUUUCGAACCACUUUUGUGAGCACGUCGGGUCAGGUAGUGUACGACGCCCGCUCCAUCUGCGUUCACUACGUCACCACCUGGCUCUUUGUCGAUCUCAUUGCCGCCCUGCCCUUUGACCUGCUGUAUGCUUUCAACGUCAGCGUGUACUUUGGCGUCCACCUGCUGAAGACGGUGCGUCUGCUGCGGCUGCUGCGGCUGCUGCAGAAGCUGGAGCGUUACUCUCAGUACAGCGCCGUGGUCCUGACGCUGCUCAUGUCCAUGUUCGCUCUGCUCGCACACUGGAUGGCGUGCGUGUGGUACUUCAUCGGACGCAAGGAGAUCGAGAGUCCCGGCUCCUGGGAUAUCGGUUGGCUGCAUGAGUUAGGCAAGCGUCUGGGUACGCCGUACUUCCUUUCAGCUCUGGUCCCGCCCACCGUAGGCAGCCUCUCGUCAAACAGCAGCGGCGGCGGCGGAGGCAGUGGCGCUGGAGGAGGAGGAGCCAACAGCAGCCACUGGAACAUGUUGGGGUCAGAGGUCAUGGGUCAGGGCUCCUGGAACUCAAGCCAGUAUUAUGGGAACAUGUCGGGGGGCGAGGCCACGGCGGUGGCAGGCGGCACAGGAGGCGGGACUAUGGGCGGGGCGCUGGGCGGUGGCCCGUCCAUGCGCAGCAGCUACGUGACGUCGCUCUACUUCGCUCUGAGCAGCUUGACCAGCGUCGGGUUCGGAAAUGUGUCGGCGAACACGGACUCAGAGAAGAUCUUCUCCAUCUGCACCAUGCUCAUCGGAGCGCUGAUGCACGCCGUGGUGUUUGGUAACGUGACGGCCAUCAUCCAGAGGAUGUACUCGCGCCGCUCGCUCUACCACACUCGCACCAAAGACCUGAAGGACUUCAUCAGGGUCCACCGGCUGCCCAAGGCCCUGGAGCAGCGCAUGCUCGAGUGUUUCCAGACCACGUGGUCCGUCAACAACGGCAUCGACGUCAGUGAGCUACUCAAAGAUUUCCCCGACGAGCUGCGCGCUGACAUCGCCAUGCACCUGAACAAGGAGCUGCUCCAGCUGCCGCUGUUCGAGUCGGCCAGCAGGGGGUGCCUGCGCUCCCUGUCCCUCAUCAUCAAGACGUCGUUCUGCGCUCCCGGCGAGUUCCUCAUACGACAGGGCGACGCCCUCCAGGCCAUCUACUUCGUGUGUUCGGGGUCCAUGGAGGUCCUGAAGGACAACACGGUGCUGGCCAUACUGGGUAAAGGAGAUCUCAUUGGCUCCGACUCCCUGACGAAGGAGCAGGUGAUCAAGACCAACGCCAACGUCAAGGCGCUGACCUACUGUGACCUGCAGUACAUCAGUCUGAAGGGUCUGCGCGAGGUCCUGCGUCUCUACCCCGAGUACGCCCAGAAGUUCAUCAGCGAGAUCCAACACGACCUCACGUACAACCUGAGGGAAGGUCACAGAGCCGACGUGGACUGGGAGAGUAAUGGCGGCCUGGUGAAGAAGCUGCCAUCGAUCCGCGAGGACGAGGAGGGCGACGAGGAGCAGAACCCGGGCCAUCGCGCUCCUCGCUCUCCGCUGCGGCUCAGCAGAGGCAUCAGCUCGCCCGUCCGGUCGCCUCUGCUGCCGCCGCGACCGUUCCGCGCUCCCUCAGAACUGUCGCUCCGCCCCACGACGCUGCAGAUCCCGGUGGUGAGCUUCUGUGGCGCGCCGUCCGAACUCAGCCCCAGAUUCGUGGACGGCAUUGAGACGGAGACGAGUUCCACGUCGACGCAGAAGUUUGAGUUCAGCCCCAGUCUGUCACCUGUGGCUCCGCCCUCUCCGUAUCCAGGGAGUCGUGAGCACUCGGAGAUCAAACACAGUGUGUCCAAACUAACCGAGGAGAUGAACAGUCUCUCUAAACAAGUGUGCAGACUCAGUCAGGAGCUGCAGGAGAUGACGCUCCUCCUUAAGCCCCUCCUUCAAACAGCGGCGCAGCCAAUCCUGAUGACCAUGGUGCCAAAUCUAACCCCGCCCCCCAGCAGCGCCGGCCAGCUGUCAACGAGCGCCUCCCUCACGACGCCGUGUCCCGCGCAGAGAGCGGACGCUCGGUCUCUGUUGGACAGUGGAGACAGCGAGACGAUGGACUUGCCGCGGUGUCUUCUGCCGACGCCACACGCCACGACGACCUUCCACUCGUCCGCGUCGCAGCCGUGCGGUCACAUCCAGAUCUCUGUGACCUCUGACCUCCUCUUAGCUGAAGACAAACUCCCUGACGGGUCCUCGGAGACACGGAGCGUCCACGCGUCCUCCAGUAACGGCGUAUGUCCUCUGCAGGACACGCCUCCCCUGCCCUCUCACACGCCCUCACCCUCUCUCUCCUUCUCCAUGUCUCUCUCGUCCUCACCCUCUCUGUCCCCCUGUCAGGGUCCUCACCCAUCCAGACCUGCCAGCUGUGUCAGCCGAGGCCCGCUCCCGCCUCCUCCCUCCCAGGACACACCUCCGCCGCAGUCGUCCGCCCACUGCUCGGCCCCGCCCUCGCUCUCCUCCUCCCCUGGGGACCAGAGGGUGAGGCCGUCCCCCUCCUCCACCCCUGUCCCCUCCUCGUCGCUGUCUCUGGACUUUAACGCGAGGACGCCGCGGGCGGACACCGUCUGGUGCACGUCACAGCGCCGCCACCAGGAUGCCAGAGCCGGCGCGCGACCGCAGGAGCUAGAGAUGCACGAGUGGGGGCAGCAGGUGAAGGAGGGGCGGUCCUCCACCGAGAACAUCAGCUUCAUCGAUGAAGAGGAGCCGGCGUUAUGAAUGAAUGAGUGAAUGAAUGAAUGCAUGAGGGGGGGAAAACACAGUAGCAGGGGACGGAAGAGGCGGGCCCAGCUUCACGCAGGAAGUGCUCAGAGGAGAAACACCUGUGCGAUCUGAGACACGGCGCCACCCGGUGGUGCGGCGGUGUGACGAGGAAACACAGCACAAACUGUCGAACACAAAAAAAACAGCAUCACAGCUGCUUUUUAAAAAAAACCCACUUCCAUUCAUCGCUGGAGCCGAAACAAGCUCCGCCCACUUACACCAAACUCACACUUUAUCUCUUUUUAGACCAGUCAGGAUUUUCCCUGCCCCUUUAAAGGGCCGGUACACACGUCUUUAAACACAGCACAGGAUCUGAACGACGGUGCGUUUCAUUUGUAGUCGGAAGUCGGAAUUUUCCAGAGUUACGAACUGUGAGGUCGUACAGGUCCAAACACUUCACCUGAGAAUUUCACUUUUAACGUUAUGUACAUUUACCCUGAAUGUAACAAACCCUGACACACAGGAUUACAAAAUGGCUUAUGGUUAAUCGUAAAAACACUCUACUAUACUUUUACCAUUCAUUUUCAUCAGUCGUACACAUAUGGUGUGUUCCAUUUGUUGUCAGAACUCGGAUUUCCAACUCAGACUGUGUUUGUUAGCAUUGGUAUUGCUAACCAUGGCUAAUCUAAGAAAUUAGAUUUUCAGCGACUCAACUGGAACCCGGUGUAGUAUUUUUUUAUUUUUUAACCGUGGACGUGUUGCGAUGCCACAUUUGCGUGACCAAAAUACCAAAUAGAGCUCUUUCAUCGACUCUUUUAUCGUUGAGCUCUUUCAUCAACUCUUUUAUCGCAGAGCUCUUUAUCGACUUUUAUCGCCGAGCUCUUUCAUCGACUCUUUUAUCGCAGAGUUCUUUAUCGACUCUUUUAUUGUAGAGGUCUUUCAUUGACUAUUUUAUCGUAGAGCUCUUUCAUAGACUAUUUUAUCGCAGAGCUCUUUAUCAACUCUUUUAUCGUAGAGCUCUUUCAUCGACUCUUUUAUCGCAGAGCUCUUUAUCAACUCUUUUUUUGUAGAGCUCUUUCAUCAACUAUUUUAUCGUAGAGCUCUUUCAUCGACUAUUUUAUCGCAGAGCUUUCAUUGACUCUUUUAUCGUCAAAAUCUUGAAUAUACAUUUGUGUUUGUUUUUUUUCCCCCGACUUCUAAACUGGAACGCGGUGAACUCUGAGGUGACGUCACUCCCAGUUCCGACUUCCGAUGUGAAUGGAACGCACCAUGGUGAACGUGAACUCUACGUUCGGUCUCAGUCGUACGUAUCAGAUCAGAUCGUAACGAUUUCAUUAAUUUAUUUGGAUGUUUUUAAAGGGUUAGUUCAGUUAAAAGUCUGAUUUUACGAGGUUCUGCUCCGAGAACCAGCCUGAGACACGGGGGCUCAAUAAUACCCAUAAAAUCUACGUCAGUGUUAAGUCUACGAUGUCUUCAGAACAUGUUUCACGUCUUUAUUUCACUGUGAGACAGACUCUUCCAACAGGAAACUGAAGUUUUUGUUAUUUUGUAGACCACUCACUCUCCCACACCAAACCCCAUUGAGAAAAUCAGUGAUUUUAGCUGGCGGGGACACAGGAGCUGCUGGUCUACUGCUGCCUCGUGUGGUCACUUUGUGUCACUGAACUAAAUCCAAAUAAUGAAUUUCAAAUGCUGAAGGGACAAAAUAAGACGUUUGAGCUUAGUGAUGGAGGCAGCAGUGGAUCAACAACUGCUGUGUGUGUGAUGUUAAAAUCACUGAUUUUCUCUAUGGGGUUUGGUGUGGGAGAGUGAGUGGUUCUCAAAGCAAAACUAACCAACGUUUUCAGUCAGAAAAGGUUUGUCAAGAAUCGAGAAACAGUGACUAACAUUUGCUUUAGAUGUCACAGACUUAAGCGGGUGUAGAUGUUAUGAGAUGAGGCUUUUGUUAAGUGACUAAAACUUGUUUUUUCUUGUCGUCUGUGAGAGAGUUUGUGUCUCAGGCUGAAUCAGGGAGCAGAAAACAUGAAAUAUCUCUGUUUUUAACUGUGGGCAGAAAUUUACUGAAGUAGUCACGUCUGGGUUAAAGGUCGGGGUCGCGUGCCAAAGACAUAACGCAGGAUGUAAGGAAGCCGUGUGGCGGCGGCGGUGGUUUUCUCGUCACCGCUGUGACUGUUUACAACCAGCCUUUACAGCAAAGUCCCACAUCAGUCCUGAGCUUUAGCCAUCCAGCCAUUUGUGCCUUCUCCACACAAAGACUCAGACUUCCCCCUCGAGUCCUUCACCUGUUACCUGCACACAAGCAUUUGGAUCAAAACAACAACAUUUACACCAGAAAAAGCCAUAAACGUCACCAACAGAGAACAACUGCACCUUCAUCUCAGAGAUGUGACUCUGUCUGUUUGUUUAUUUAUGAGGCAUGUCUGUUAUUUAUUUUCUUGUAAGGGAAUCGAUUGCACCUCUGGGAGACAGUUUACUGUUUUAAACAAUGUAAGGCUACGUCUACACUGUGGGUUUAUUGCUCAGUUUUUCCACACACAAGGAACACAAGGAAAACUGAUUUUAGCCACGAGUAAAAGAGUCAGCUCAUGAAAUCUAUGUCAGUUUAAGUCUACGAUGUCUUUAGAACACGUUCACGUCUUUGUCUCACUGUUAGACACACUUUUCCAACAGGAAACUGAAGUUGUUAUUAUUUUGUAGACCGCUC